ACGUGUAUAUAGCCAACAGUAACGCGUAGAAAGUCGGGUUCUCUGAGUCCGGAAGAUUCAGGACUAUUGGUGCAGGUAGAAGUUGAGGGAUCAUGAUUACACGCUAAUGUCACGAACAGAAACAGUGGACAUUUCAAACAAAGGCGCUGUUUCUAUUGUACUGCAUAAGAGACUACCGAGCUUCAAGAUAAAAGUUGGGCAGCGCAGCAGUCUGUAACCCCGAGCACUGUACCCCAUCAGUAUGGCUGACCAGCAGGGGCAUGCGAACCAGGCUCACGUCUUGUUUGAAAACUUCGUAGCCGCCAAAACAUGCAAGGAGGUUCGUCAGACCUUCGCCGAGCUCUGUCGCCACCUAGAGGUGGACCCCAAAGACUACCAGCACUUUUACAUCAGGCUAAAAGAGAGACUCAACUUCUGGAAAGCUAAAGAGCUGUGGCAGAAGAUUGACAAAAGAGCUUCCCACCCAGACUAUGAGCAGGGCAAAACCUGUGCCAAGACAAAGUGUUUAGUGCUGGGAGCGGGACCAUGCGGGCUGAGGACUGCCGUCGAGCUGGCUCUGCUCGGCGCACGGGUGGUCCUGCUGGACAAGCGACACUCCUUCUCCAGGAACAAUGUUCUGCACCUGUGGCCCUAUACCAUCCGGGACCUGCGCAACCUCGGUGCAAAGAAGUUCUAUGGCAGAUUCUGCUCCGGCUCUCUGGACCACAUCAGCAUCCGUCAGCUGCAGCUGAUCCUACUGAAGCUGGUUCUGCUGCUGGGAGUUGAGGUUCACAUGGGAGUGAAAUUCAAUGGCCUGGUGGAGCCACAGGAAUCGGGGGCCACAGGCUGGACGGCCUCCGUGCAUCCUCCGUCCCGUCCUCUGUCCUCCUAUCAGUUUGACGUCUUCGUCUCCGCUGGAGGAGGAAAAUUUGUACCUGCCGGCUUUAAGAUAAAGGAGCUGAGGGGGAAGUUGGCCAUCGGGAUCACGGCGAACUUUGUAAACCGCCACAGUGCAGCCGAGGCCCAGGUGCAGGAGAUCAGUGGCGUGGCGCGCAUCUACAACCAGAAGUUCUUUCAGAAUCUCCAGACAGAGAUGGGCAUUGAUCUGGAGAACAUAGUCUACUAUAAAGAUGACACUCACUACUUUGUCAUGACUGCUAAGAAACACAGCCUUUUGAAGAAAGGGGUCAUUAAACAAGACUAUGGGGAUGCUGAACAGCUGUUGGCGCCAGCUAAUGUUAGCCAGGAGGCUUUGCUGCGAUAUGCGUGCGACGCGGCUCGGUUCUCCACGGGUGGUAAGCUGCCCGAGCUGGAGUUUGCGUUGAAUCACGCAGGCCAGCCAGACGUGGCCAUGUUCGACUUCACCAGCAUGCACCGUGCUGAGAACGCCUCGCUGGUGAGGGAACGCAGAGGGCAGAAACUUCUCAUCAGCCUGGUCGGAGACUGCCUGGUUGAGCCAUUUUGGCCCCUGGGCACGGGUAUUGCUCGGGGCUUCCUUGCUGCCUUUGAUGCAGCGUGGAUGGUGAGGAGCUGGGCAAAAGGAGUGCCCCAUCUGCAGCUCCUUGCUGAGAGGGAAAGUGUGUAUCAAUUGUUAUCGCAGACCACGCCAGAAAACACCAGCAAGAACCACUCAGCGUACAGCAUCGAUCCCAGAACGCGUUACCCCAACGUGAACCUGUCCUCCAUCAAGCCCAAACAAGUGCAACAUCUGUGUGAUGCUGAUCAGUUGGUUAGUAGUGUGGCAGCUAAAAAGAAGAAAGGCCCCUUGCCUUCUAAAAGUCAAGACUCCCUGCGACGCAUGGCAGACUUGAUGAGAUGGUGUCAGCAACACACAGCCUGGUGCAGUCAGGUUGAGGUGAAGGAUUUCAGUCAGUCCUGGAGGUCUGGGGUGGCUCUCUGUGCCCUCAUUCACCACUUCAGACCCAAUCUCAUAGACAUGUCCUCUCUCGACAAGAACACAGUGGUGGACAACAACCAGCUGGCCUUCACCGUUCUCCAGAGAGAGUUCGGCAUUGAGCCCAUCAUGUCUGCCAGUGACAUGGCCUCCAGCAAGGAGAUUGACCAGCUGUCUGUGGUGCUCUACCUCACCCAAGUCCAUAAUGCUUUUACUGAGAUAUCACCACCACCAGAGUGGUCUAGCUCCAAGUCGCUGUCCCUUGCCAGAACCCGCUCUGCUGUCUUCUUCUUGAACAAACUGAAGCACAACUCCCUUCAGAGGCGCAAGGAGCGGCUGGCAGCCGAGAAAGAAGAAAGAGAACAAAACAUGAGGGCUGAAGAUGAGGGCAAAUGCCCUGUGCCCGCCACGACCGCCUCGGAGGCGGGCACCAGUGAACUGUGCUACUUCUGCCACCGGCGCCUCUACGUGGUGGAGCGGGGCAGCGCGGAGGGCAAGUUCUUCCACCGCAGCUGCUUCGCCUGCCAGCAGUGUGGUGCCACGCUGCGCCAGGGCGGAUACACCUUCCUCUCGGACACAGGGAAGUUCUUCUGUGAGCAGCAUUCCGAGCCUGUGGAGGAGACCGGGAAGGUAAAGUCAGAACUGGCACAAGCGGGUUGCCCCACGGGCGCUCAGGACCCAAUCCAGGAUGGCAUGAGUGAGCUCAGCAAGGAGGAGAAUCAAAAAAGUAAGGAGGGCGAACAUGACAACGGUGAAACAAGAGAAUUGAAUGAGCUUUCUCAGACACGCCGCUCUGUGAGGAGAAAAAGCUCCUAUAAAAUCUCUAUAGACCCAGACUGUGUUGAAAUGACCGAGUCCGACAUUCGCGCAGACCGAGAGAACCAGCCAGCAGCCAGUGGUGACCAAGAACCCCCAAAGCCUGUUGAAACUAUAGCACUGUGUGGCAAGAGCCAAUCACCGGAGAGUGACGCAGAUUGCCCACAAGAGGGCAUGGAGCCCUUCUGUCCCGCUGCCACACCCGUGCCUGCCCCUCGUGGCUCCCAGAUGACCACCCCAGUCCCUAAACCCCGCACCAUUCACAAUGUGGUACCUUCGCUGUUGUCUGACCCUGCCCCAAUGCCGGCCGUGGGCCAUGGGGAGGAGCUUGAGAGCCCACCCUCCCAGGAGGAGGCUGGUAGUCUUCCUGAGCAGGCAGACUCCAAGCCCAAGCAGUCACGGCGGAAGCUCCAGCUCACAGAUGAGAAGACCCAACUGAUGAACCUGAGCUUCAGCCAGGACUCCGACUCGGAGACACCUGUAUCGUCGUCGGCUGCCUCCACCUCCUCGUCCUCCAAACCCCACGAUGGUGGCGAGGAGGAGGGUUACUGGAGCGGUGGACCAGGCAGUGGGCACCUACGCGAUAAAAAGAACCGGCAGUGUUUCCGGCGGAAGGCCGAGCCCCAGCGAGCUGCCACCACCCUACAGGGCCGGGUGCGAUCGAAGUUCUCCCCCUGGAACCUGUCCUCGCCACGGCUGCAGCAGCGAUUCACAGUGCUGAGGGUCCAUCCCGCAGUGCCAGCUCAGCCAGAUUCCGAGGAAGAGGAUGAAACUGAUGCCGUUGAAGAUGAGGAUGACGAAGAGAAUGAAGAGACACUUGUGUCAGUGGAUCGUUAUAUGGAUGGCCAGGCCGUGCAGCUGAAGCUGUCCGAGGCAGAGAAGCAGGAGCUGAUGAAGAUGAGAACUCUGGAGCGAAGGGCCAAGAUGAGCGAGCUGCGGCGCUUCCACAAAGCUCAGUCUAUCCAGAGGAGGCUAGAGGAGAUUGAGGUGACGUUUAAGCACCUGGAGGAGAAGGGAGUGGUGCUGGAGAGAUCUCUCAGGGGAGAGCCUGGUUCUGAUGGCUCCUCUGUUAUGAUAGACCAGUGGAUUGAGCUGGUCCAGCAGAAGAAUGCUCUGGUUUCUGAGGAGUCAGAUCUCAUGGUGGCGUCUCGGCAGCUGGAGCUGGAGGACCAGCAGGGUAUGCUGGAGCUGGAACUGCGCCGCUGCAUGGAGAUGGAUGACUCUGAGAAGACAGCAGAGCAGCAGACUGAGGAGGAGCAGAUCUUGCAGAAGAUGCUGGAGGUGGUGGAUAUGAGGAAUUCACUUGUGGCCUUCCUGGAGGAGAAGAGACUUAAGGAGCUGGGUGAGGAGCAGCUGGGCUCCUCACUUGUGGAGUCCAGGAGGCAGCCUGCUCCAGGAGCCCAGGUACACUGGGCAUGAGGGAGCACAUGCAUCACUCACCCACGCACACGCGCAGACUUCAGACAUGGCCUUGUGCCGACAAACACUUAAAAACCAAAGACUUAUAACCCUUUGAGGUGGGGCUCAUAACCGUGUGCACAUGGGCACGCUCGGGUUAGGCCAUUGGCAGUACAUAGUGGGGUUCAAACCAUGCAGUGCUGAGGCUACCUAAUGAUGAAUUGUACCAGAAUGAUCUGGAAUGUAAUAAGACCACCCCAGCCUUCACUGCCCUGUCACAGCCUAAAGAGAUACCAGGAGAGUUUUCUUGUUGUAACUAUAAUUCUGCACACGGAGUGUACUAGACACUGCAUCAGAGAGCUGGACUUGGAACAGUGAUAUUGCGAACACCCCUCUCCCUCAACAACAUUAUACUGUAAGUAACAAAGAGGAGGUGUUGAACGUGUUUCCUUAUAUUAUAUCUGUAAUAUUUAUCAGGGUUGUCUGCCAAGCACAUCAACAUUCAGAAGGUUCAUGGUGUCAUUCCAAAAAAAUAUAUUUAUAAUGUAUUGUUUGUUAGAGAUGCUAUUUGAGUCUGUUUGCUGCUGCUUAUUGAUACCAUGCCAUAGCCACAAAAUGUCAGUGCAAACACUGUUAAAGAAGUACCAGUUAAACACAUUUUGUUAAUCUUUGCCACAUCAAAGAGUAUAUUCCUUAUGACAUUGGACUGUUGUACAAUGUAAAAUUUUAUUUGUUGUUUAUUAUCAUCACAGUAAAAAAGUGAGGUGGUCUUGAAACUCAGGGUUUGGUGACAUGAUCCACACUGAUAUGAUAAUCCAUAUCAGUGUCAACAUCCAGUAAAUAGAAAAGCUGUAUUUCCAUCUGAGGUGCUUGAAAAGUUUGGAUUUGAUGAUGGAUGGCAUGAGGCUCAUAGCUGAAGUGGUAGUGGAACAGUUUUCUGGGGUGGGGGGGGGGCCCUCAUUUCUCAUUUUGUCUUUUUUUUUAACUGUGGCAAUACAUAGUGUCCUAACAACAACAAUAAAUACAGUAUAUGAAACAUUUGUCACGUUGCUGGAUUGGUCUUUGAUGCAUAUGGGGUGAUUGUGCAUAUUCUUGACUUGGUGUGCCGACAUGAUGUUAGAUAUAGGGCAGAGCUGCAGACUUCUGAGAGGAGAUGAGGCGCAGGUGAUCUUCAGCAAAGCAGGUAUAAGCUAAAAUAUCACGGAGGAGCCCAACUUUUUCACAGUGACCCAGCUACCUAACAACUGAUGUAGAAGACUGACAUAGAUUGAAGAAGACAGCAUUACUGUAGUGUUAGAAAGGAAGACAAGGGUCCAUAUGUUUUCACUUAAGCCCCUUUCCAAAGUCUAACGCAGUUCACUCAUGGUUGAUGCUUUUCCUGUCGGCAUUUGUAUAUGGUUUGUAAAUCUUUACCCUUGUUAAAGAUGAGCAAGGAAUGUUACGCAAAAUUGACUUUGUUGUUCAUCAUCGUGAAUGUACAUGAAU